AUGGCAACGGUGGCCAACGAAACUGCUAAGCCGGGACGGAAUAUUCCGACCGCACAGGAGCAACGUGAUCGCAGUAACAGCGUCGGGACGGAACUCUCAAGCGUAGACACUGUGCCGGUGGUACGAUGGUACGAAAAAAUAUCCGUCGAACCGUCCAUGUUCCUGUACAUGAUGGCAUUCAUGCUGACGUCGGUCGUCGAGCAGGCGUUCUUCCUGUACAAAGCGUGCACCGUCAACCAUGGCUACUCGCACGAGAUUUGCCUCAACAUCGAGCAGUAUCAGGACAUCAAAAAGCAGGUGCAAGUGACGACUUCAACCUUCCAUCAGUGGAACAACAUCGCCAUGUACGUGGUGCCCAUCUUUCUGGCGCUCUUCCUCGGAGCAUGGUCAGAUCGGCGUGGCCGCAAGUUACCACUGAUCCUCGGUCUCUGCGGAAAGUUCGUCUACUCGGUGAUGAUCGUGGUGAACACGCGCAUGCCCUCGUGGCCAGUCGAGUACAUUAUCUACACCGCGACCCUACCGAGCGUGCUGACCGGUGCGGACAUUGCCAUCUUUGCGUCCUGCUUUGCGUACAUCUCCGACAUUACGACGGUGGAGGAGCGAACGCUGCGCAUUACGAUACUGGAUGCGACCUAUCUCAGCACGAUGCCGAUAGGUGUCGCCCUUGGGAAUGUGAUCUUUAACCAUACCGGCAAGUCCUACACAAUCAUGUUCACCAUCAACGCCUCGCUGCUGGCCUGCUCGAUCCUUUACUCGGUGAUAAGGCUCAAAUCGCGUACCACCGAGCGGCAGUGUUCGAUCCGGGAGUUACGCUGGUACCGUAUGCCGUUGGACUUUUUCGAUCGACAACACGUUGUGCGGUCGGUUUAUACGUUCGUGCGGAAGCGUACCAUGCACCGGCGCAUCUACCUGUACCUGCUGAUGGUGGCCAUGUCAUUCUACACGUUCCAGCGCGAUGAGAAACCGAAGAUGUACCUCUACACCCAGCUGCGGUUCAACUGGGACACGGAUCUGUACAGCUACUUCAAGACGUACCAGUCGGCGGCGUACGUGGUGAUGAUGUUCCUGGGUGUUCCACUGUUUACGAAGGUCCUUGGGCUGAAGGAUACGCUCAUCAUCAUGAUCGGUGCGUUGGCCCACGCCAGUGCCCGGUUUGUGUACAUUUUUGCGCAAGUUGGCUGGGUGCUGUACAUCGGAGCGACCAUCUCGAGUGUUGGUCCCGUGGUUGCACCCGUGCUACGAUCGAUGAUUUCGAAGAUGGUGCCGGCAAACGAGCGUGGAAUCAUAUUCUCGUUUCUGUCCGUGUUCGACAACGCGGUGCCCCUGUUCAGUGGCGUACUGUACACGCAGGUGUAUAACGCUUCCAUCGACACGUACCCGCAGGCUGUUUUUCUCCUUACGAUGGGCACGCAGAUGGUGGUUUUCUUCAUAGCACUGGCUAUACACUUUUCCAUUCGUGGACGAACGUUGGAGGAACCGACUCAGAGCGAGAAACCACCCGGUACGGGGUUGAUAGAGGAGGCCAAGUCUCCCGGAGUGGAUGAUGAGGUGCCGAGUAUUUCGUAACCGUGUAAAUUUACUGACUGAGAUUAGGUUAGUUCGGACUGUGAAGCCCACACAAGUGAAGCGUUUAAAGUGAUAGAUUUUUGCCCUAUUGCCUCUGAAAGCCAAAAUUGCUUGGUGCUACAAAACCAAUUAGGGAAAUAGAGUUAAAC